UGCACCAGUAACAAUGCCCCAACAACAACCGGUAAGGUUAUUUGGGCGUCAACUGUCCGUACAUGCCAUUCUUGGAGGAGGAAGAGUUGCGGAUAUCUUGUUAUGGAAGAAUAAAAAAGCAGCAGCCUCGCUGUUGAUAGGGAUGACAGUGAUAUGGUUUCUUUUCGAGGUUAUGGAGUACAGUUUGGUGACUCUCUUCUGCCACAUUUCUAUGGCCACGUUGCUCGUACCUUACAUUUGGUUCAUUAUUCAAAUAUAUUUCGGCCAUCGGUUUCUUCUCAACGGAACUAUAAUAAGUGAAUCAACAUUAAGAGAAGCUGUUUCAACCUUCUGUGCAACUUUAAAUCAAGUUGCUUCAACCUUCUGCGAGAGAUUGAAUAAGGUACUAAUGGACCUUAUCGACCUUGCAUAUGGAAAAGAUCAACUCCAAUACAUUGUGAUAUGCUUGCUUAUUGGACAUAAUCUAAAGUUCAUAUUUCUGAACAUUGUCUGUCUCUACAUACUGUCCAUAAUUGGAAACCAUUUCAGCUUCUUAGAUCUCCUUUAUUUCGGUUUACUUUGCUCGGAAACGUUGCCCUUUCUGUAUGAUCGAUAUGAGGACUAUGUUGAUUCUUUUGCUGACAAAGGGAUCCAUGGAUUGAAGGAAUUGUUCAUAAAAGUUCCAAAGGUUAAGAAAAAUGAUUAAUUAAAUGAGAUAAUUUAGGUAUAAUUUCCCACGUAAUAGUACAAGUCCUGUAAUC